UCAUCACAGACCAGAAAAAAGAAACACUCCCUAAACCUCUUACCACAGUUUAUGCUCAUUGCAUGUUUUCCAGGCCGAAGAAACAAAAGAAUCCUGGUUUGUACGAGUCAGUGAGUUCUUUCCUGCAACCUCUUCUCCACUCGACGAUUUCGCUGCACUCCCCAUUACUGUGCAACAUGGACUCCGACCUCGACGCCCUCAUCGACAAUGCGGGUGCCAAGAGGAGCAAGCGCCCCAGGGCAAGGGGACUGACAACCAGUCAGCCUGGGAAAAGCUCCAAGAGAUCUAGGAAAACGCCUCCUCCUCCCCCGCCGGCUUCGAGCUCUGCUGCUGCGUCGACUGGCCAGACUAACGUCCCCACGACGAUACCACCCUCGCAGGCCGUCGUCUCUGUGGUGGCGCCGGCCUCGCAGACUGAUAUCGCUGCCGUGGUUGAAUCUCAACCUCCUGUGGCGGGUCAAAUGCCUUCUACCUAG